AAUGGGGGGCCCCGGCCUGGCUCGCUCCCUGCCCGCAGCGCGCCCCUGACGCGUCCCGGAGAAGCAACCGGCCUGCUGGGGCCCCAUGAAGCAUCCAGGAUCCCAGACCAUGCUCACCAUGGCCCUGUGUCUCGCCCUGGUGGGCUGCCUGCAGGCCCAGGAGCCCCUUGGCCAUGUGUCUGUCAUCCUGUUGGGCGCCACCGGCGACCUGGCCCGCAAAUCACCUAUGGCAGGGCUGUUUCAGCUAUACCUGGAUGAGGCAUCUCGGGGCCACAGUCUCAGCUUCCACGGCUCGGCGCUCACGGCCACUGAGCAGGGCCAAGAGCUCACUGACCAAGAUCCUGGACACCCUCACCUCUGCCCCCGGGACCUGCCCCCCAGCCACUGCGCUGAUCUCAAGGACCUCAGUUCCAGGCAGCGGAGCCAGUACCGGCGCCUGAAAACCAGAGACUAUGAGGCCCUGCACGGUGACAUCAAUGCCCGACUGGAACAGGGGCCCCACCGCGAGGCCGGUCGCAUCUUCUACUUCUCCGUGCCACCCUUCGCCUAUCUGGACAUCGCCCGCAACAUCAACAGUAGCUGCCGCCCGGGCCCCGGUGCCUGGCUGCGGGUGGUGCUGGAGAAACCUUUCGGCCAUGACUACGACUCGGCCCAGCAGCUGGCGGCCGAGCUCGGGGGCUUUUUCCGGGAGGAGGAGAUGUACCGUGUGGACCAUUACCUGGGCAAGCAGGCUGUGGCACAGAUCCUGCCUUUCCGAGUCCAGAACCACCAAGCCCUGGACCCUCUGUGGAGCCGCCACCACGUGGAACGUGUGGAGAUUGUCAUGAAGGAGACGCUGGACGCGGAAGGCCGCACCAGCUUUUACGAGGAAUAUGGCGUCAUCCGUGAUGUGGUGCAGAACCACCUGACCGAGAUCUUGGUGCUGCUGGCCAUGGAGCUGCCCCGAAAUGCCAGCAGUCCCGAGGCCGUGCUCCAGAGCAAGUUGCAGACCUUCGGGGCACUGCGUGGGCUGCAGUCGGACAGCGCUGUGCUGGGGCAGUACCAGGCCUACAUAGAGCAGGUGCGCCAGGAGCUGCAGCAUCCUCCCGGCUUCCAGAGCUUCACGCCGACCUUUGCAGGCGUCGUCGUGCAUGUGGACACGCCACGCUGGGAGGGCGUUCCCUUCAUCCUGAUGGCCGGCAAAGCCCUGGACGAGCGUGUGGGCUAUGCCCGCAUCCUGUUCCGGAAUCAGGCCCACUGCGUGCAGAGUCCCCGGCGCUGGGACCUGACCCACAGCCCCUGCCUGCCCCGUCAGCUGGUCUUCUACAUCGGCCAUGGCGAGCUGGGCUGCCCCGCCGUGCUAGCGAGCAGGAACCUCUUCCAGCCCUCGCUGCCCGCCCACAGCUGGACACUGCUGGAUGACCGGCCAGACCUGCAGCUCUUCGGCCAGCCCCUGGCCCACUUCCAUGCCUACCGGCCCAUGCGGGAGCAAGAUGCCCAUGCCGCCCUCAUCAGCCGCAUCUUCCACGGCCAGAAGGACGCGUUCAUCGCUACGGACACGCUGCUGGCCUCCUGGCGCUUCUGGACGCCGCUGCUGGACAGCCUGGCCCGGAAGCCGCCUCGCCUCUAUCCGGGGGGACCCAAUGCCGGCCACCUGCUGGACUUCGAACUCAGCGGCUCCCAGCUGACCUUCUGCUGGCGGCAGCCUGAGCAGUUGGUGCCGGGGCCCGGUGAUGCCCCAAUGCCCAAAGACUUCCAGGUGCUCAGAGCCACCUACCGCGAGAGCCAGCUGGUCUCGGCCUGGCCCGAGGAGCUCAUUGCCCAGCUGGCCGCGGACAUGGAGGCGGCGGCUGAGCAGGCCGUGAGGCGGGCCGGCGAGUUCCACCUGGCGCUGUCGGGCGGCUCCAGCCCCAUCGCCCUUUUCCAGCGACUGGCCACGCGGCAGCCCAGCUUCCCCUGGGCACACACGCACCUCUGGCUGGUGGACGAGCGCUGUGUGCCCCUGAGGGACCCCGAGUCCAACUUCCAGAGCUUGCAGGAAUACCUACUGCCGCAUAUCCGGGUGCCCCACUACAACGUGCAUCCUAUGCCAGUUCAUCUGCACCAGCGGCUCUGUGCUGAGGAGGACCAAGGUGCGCAGCUCUAUACCCAGGAGAUCGCUGCCCUGGUUGCCAACAGCAGCUUCGACCUGGUGCUCCUGGGCAUGGGCACGGACGGGCACACAGCCUCGCUUUUCCCACAGUCACCCGCCGGCCUGGACGGGGAGCCCCUGGUGGUGCUGACCCACAGCCCCUCGAGGCCUCACCGGCGCAUGAGCCUCAGCCUCCCCCUCAUCAACCGUGCACGCCAGGUGGCUGUGCUGGUCCUGGGCAGGAUGAAGCGGGAGAUCGCCCUGUUGGUGAGCCGUGUGGGCCGGCAGCCCCGAAAGUGGCCCAUCUCCGGGGUGUGGCCCGCGUCUGGCCGCCUGGUGUGGUACAUGGACUACGAGGCGUUUCUCGGCUGACCAGGUUCCUCUCCCCCUGUCUCCCCUCC